GGUCAAGGGAGUCAUGGCAAGCAGCUCGCGAAGGUUGCGUGUCCUUGGUCUCGUGAGGAGGGUACCAGUGCUGAGUGGACGGGCCAUGACUGAUGCUGAAUUCCUAGAGCUUGGCUUUCCUGUGGUGGAGCUGGUGGUGCCUGCGCUGGUGGUGCCCGUGUCGGUCGACGGCCUCUUCCCGCCGCCGCCUGGGGAAAGCCACGGCAGUCGGCUCGCCGCAGCGGCACGUGCUCUGGAAGAGCUGGUUGCCCGGCGGGUGGGCGAUCGACGGGCCGAGGUGUCACGGCUCGAUGUCGAGGCUCGUGCCAAGCGCGAGGGUGCCUACCGCCGGGCCUUUAUGUCUGUGGCGGCGGCUGCGCUCGUCCAGUGGGAGCAGCCUGAUCUGGAUCGCGAGGCUGUGCGCGAGGCGGCGGCGGCUGUGGCAGGCAAGGUCAUGGGCUCGCGGGCGGCGAUGCAUCAUUUUGUGGAGCGGAUCGUUCUGGCUCGGAACCCCAAGCUGGCCGAUGAGCUGGAUGAUGGCGGCGAGGCUGGGGCCAGCAGAGUGGUGGCCGAUCCGGGAAGCGAGCUGGAGAUGAUCAAAGUCGAGUAUGCCGAGCUGAAACGGCUGCACGAGCAGCUUGUGGACGAGGCGAGGGACGAGCCGCUGGAUCGGCGGCGGGUGGCGUUUCUCAAGGCGCAGGUCAUCCAGCUGGAGCGGCAGGUGGUGGAGCUCUCGCGGGGGAUGGAGAGCCACGAGCUGGCGUAUACAUCGCUGGCAGGAGCGGUGGCGAGUGUGGCGACAACGCUCGAUGGCGUGCUGGAGGGGACGACUGGCGAGCCGGACAUGGCCGAGGUGCGGCUGCCGUUGGGGACGGUGCGUGCAAUGCGGUCUGCGCUCGGCACCAAGGGAGCCGGGCAGAUCGAGCCUGUGCGUGCGGCGCACGUUCCGCUACGGACGCUCAACCCGUUCAUUAAGCCGUGGCAGCGGCCGCCGUUUACGACGACGGCGCCGAGCGAGGCCGAGGAGGCGCGGUCGGCGGCGGCGGGGAGCGAGCUUGUGGUGAACAGCGGAGUGUCGCUGGUGGCGGUUGCCGAGGGCGUGAGCGCAAUGGCGGAGGCGAGCGGCGACGCGCCGCUGCAUGUCGGCCAGCUGGCGCAGCUGGAGGCCCAGGUCGCGGCACUGCACACGUCGGUCCUGGAGGCGCGUAAUCACCUUGGGACGGUGCUCCCAAUGGUGGCGCUGCCGUCGACCGAGUCGCGGGUGCUGGACGCGGUGGCGCGGCUGGAGCAGCAACUUGGCGAGGUGAGCCACUCGUUGCUCUCGCUCGGCAUGAUUGUCCCGAUGACGCUCGAGGUCCACACCGCGGUCUCGCGCGACAAGCCGGCGUUUGCGGCACCGGAGAGGGUGGAGCGGCCGACGACGCGCGAGGUGCUGGACGCGCUCCCGCCGUUUGCCCGCGACAAGCGGGCCGGAGCGCGGACGGUGGCCGCGGUUCUGGCUGGAGCGCGGUACUCGGAAGAGAUGAUGCGUGCCGAGGUGCGGACGCUGCGGGCACUGCUCGGCUACUACGGCGCCGCGCAUCACGUGCGGACCGAGCACGUGCUCAACGUCAUUGUGGGUGCAGAGGAGGCGGCAGCGGCGGCGGGCGUGUCGAUCGGGCGCGGGCGCGCGGACCGGCUCCUCGACGAUCUCGAGGCGCUGCAGACCGAGGCGUAUGCAAACUAUGAGGCUCUGCUGGCCGAGGCUGCGGCAGCCGAGGCUGCUGCCACAGAUGCACGGCUGCCAGAUCUUUGGGAGGCGCUGCGAGCCGGCGAGCUGCCUGCACGGGCGGAGAUGGAAGCGAGCAUGCUUGUCACUCCGCUGGGCGGCGGACGACGGCUGGGCGGCAGGAGCGACAACGACGAGAGCGACACAGACUCUCUGAUUUUCUCGCCGCUCACGCCGGUGCGGCAGCUGCUUGACGAAGUGCUGGAAGAGGAGCGUGCGCCGGGGCGGGCAAGUAGAGUCCGACACGGAAGCGUUCAAUGAGUGACGAUGAACAGGAAGCGCCCUAAAGAGCGGGGGAGAGCGGGAAAGGAGGACGAGGGAGGAGGACGGGGACGGAGGCAUUGACAGCUUCGCUUAGGCGUUAAAGUUGAGCGAGAAGCCGGCCUUGCCCGCGGCGCCCGAGUUGAGGGCCUGGCCGAGGUCGAGGCCAAAGGCAAAGGCGACGGAGAUGUUGUCG